UAUGUCAGUUUCCUCCCUUACAUUCUUUCAUUUUCUCUCCUAGUGUCUAUUAAAGAUCAGAAACUCAUGGAUGUUAAACUGGGGCAGCUGCCAUCCUGGUUGGCAGCACGAGAUUUCAGCCUAAAAGGGAUUGUGUAUGGUUCCAUAGCAAUUAAGGAGAGAUUUUUCGCGAAGUACAUCCAUGUGAAGAAUAUGGGCAUUGGUGGUAUUUCCAUGCUUCUGACAGGCUACGUGAUCAUGAGCUACAUGUGGUCCUAUCCCCAUAUUAAGACUGAACGCAUGAGGAAGUAUCAUUGACACUCACUGCCCGGAAGAAUACAAGUUGCUACUAUGAUCAAUGAUGGGAGAUCAGCUGAAGGCAGCUUGGCUUUAAGUAUGGAUUUCUCUUCUUGCAUUAUAAGUGUACAUGAGACCAGUAAUAAAGUCCUUACUGUCAGUGUGA